AUGGCGUCAGAAGUGAACGAGUGGUACAAAGGACGGAGUGUCUUAGUGACUGGUGCCCUGGGGUUAAUGGGCAAGGUGUUGAUUGAGAAAUUGCUAUACAGUGUACCUGACGUCGGCUGCGUGUACGCACUGGUACGGUCGAAGCGAGGCAAGUCGCCGGAGACACGCAUCGAAGACAUGUGGAAACUGCCUCUAUUCAAAAGAAUAAGAGAGGAGAAGCCACAUGUUAUGAAGAAGCUGAUCCCAGUAACUGGCGACAUCAUGUACAAUGAACUGGGCAUAUCUGCUGAGCACUUGAAGAAUAUCUACAAUGAGGUGUCAAUAGUAUUCCAUUUUGCGGCCAGCCUGCGUCUAGAAGCGCCACUAAAGGAGGGUUUAGAGAUGAACACAAACGGCACCCUGCGAGUCCUGGAAAUGGCUAGAAAGAUGAAAAGCCUCGUCGCUUUCAUACACUUAUCUACUGCCUUCUGUUAUCCAGAUUAUGAGAGAAUGGCUGAAAAGGUGUUCGAUCCCCCAGCGGAUCCGCACGAGGUGCUCCGCGCAGCAAGCUGGCUGACGGAGGAACAGCUGAACCUUCUAGCACCUUCCAUCUACCAGAAGCAUCCGAAUUCCUAUACGUACUCCAAGAGAUUGGCUGAAGCUCUGGUCCGAGAGAGCUACCCGAGUUUGCCUACUGUUGUUGUUCGCCCUAGCAUAGUAACUCCAUCAUACAAGGAGCCUAUUCCAGGCUGGGUGGACAACCUGAAUGGACCUAUUGGCCUCAUGGUGGGCGCUGGUAAAGGCGUUAUCAGGUCCAUGCAUUGCUAUGGACACUACCAUGCGGAGGUCAUUCCCGUUGACAUAGCUAUCAACAGCAUCAUUGUCAUCGCCUACAAGACUGGCAAGGAUACCCAAAGGUACCCAGAAAUUCCAGUAUACAACCUAACGACUGGAGACGACCGCAACACAACGUGGAAGCAAGUCCUAGACAUUGGCAAGGCAACAGUUCGCAAAUUCCCAUUCGAAGGUCCUCUCUGGUACCCCGACGGGAACAUUAGACACAACAAGUUUAUACAUGACCUGUGUGUCUUCUUCUAUCACAUUAUACCUGCCUACUUCAUUGACUUCCUCAUGUUUUUGUUCAGACAGAAGCGAUUCAUGGUCCGAAUUCAGAAUAGGAUCUCCAUCGGUUUGGAAGUUCUCCAAUAUUUCACGACUCGAGAAUGGUGGUUCGAUACAAAUAACUUCAAGUCUUUGGUUAAUAUACUGAACCCUGUUGAUAAGGAGACGUUCCCAAUGGAUACGACCAUUAUAGAGGAUGAACCCUACAUAGAGAGCUGCAUGAUUGGAGGCAAGCUGUACUGCUUGAAGGAAAAACUGGAGAACUUGCCAAAAGCCAGAUUGCAGAACCAAAUACUGUACAUCAUGGAUCGCUUGGUAUCCUUAUUCUUCUACCUCGUGCUGCUGUACUGGAUCGUAUCUUACUUCGAACCAGCUCGGGAACUGCUCUCGUACGGCGGCCCGGCCGUUCGGUACCUACCAUUAGUUGGCAAAGCAGUAUUCAAAGAUGUGUAA